UAACCCAAAUUUUCACCCACAGUUCAACAUUUCUCAUUUCAUUUUAUUCGUCCAAGUUGAUUAAUGGUUGAUUGUUUGAUACCGCGAUAUAAACGGAAAAAAAUCUAGUUUUUGUAGCUAUUUUCUAAAUAAUGGAUUAUUAAAUAGAAUGAGGCUGCCUAUGUUGGUGUUUCUUCAAUAAACGUCGGCAAUUUGUGUCUGUGGCAGUUUUACGAUUUUAAAACUGAUAAAAUAGUAUUUACCUUGUAGAUUGAAUAAAGUGACGUGAUUUUAGUGCUUUAAAAUUUUGUGAUUGUUCACAUGAAGAAUUGAAAACGACCUAACAAAUCAAUUUUUUUCUCUGUGUAUACUCCUAUAAAUAAGAGAGAGAAAAAAAAAUGGAAGGCAAUGGAGAUCAGCAGCCCGUUGUAAAUGCAGAAACACCGACUCUAAAUGAACAGGAACCCACCGAGGAGGGUAUCGAAGAAUCCGAAGAGUAUUCCUUUGAGGGUGAAGAAUACAGACAUUUUGUUCCCCGAGGACGAGGUGGCUUUAGGGGUAGGGGUCGAGGUGGCUUUGAUUUUUCAAUGCGCGGCGGACCUCCGAGAUUUAGAGGCAGGGGUUUCGGUCCACGACCAAUGUUUCGAGGUCCCAAUAAUGGAUAUCCCUUUGAAGGUCCUCCACGUCCAAAUUGCCCACCAGGACCUGCGGGUCCUCGGUUUCGGGGACCGCCACCCUUUGAUCCAAAUUGGGGCCCAAUGGGUCCGCCGAAUAUGAUGGGACCUCCGAAUUUAAUGGGCCCACCAGGAAUGCCACCUCCACAUAUGAUGAACGGUCCAAUGGGAGCGGGAGCGGGACCAUUUGGACCUCCGCCUGGAAUGGGAGCACCAAACAUGAAUAACAUUCCUGGACAACAACCACAACAGGCACAACAGCAAGCAAACAUUCCAGGAUUAGAUUUAAAUGGCGAAGUUUGGGUUGAAACGAAAACGACCGACGGUAAGAGUUAUUAUUACAAUAUAAGAUCGAGAGAAACAACUUGGACGAAGCCAGAGGGUCCAAACGUUAAGGUUAUGGGUCAAGACCAGUUGGAGCAAUUAGUGCACGGUGCGGCGAAGCAAACGACAACUACGACGACAUCGGCGACAACGACAGUUACCCAAGGAAAUGAAACGAGAACCGCUGCUGGAGGUGAAAUGCCAGUUUCGAAUAAUACUGAUGCAAUGAAUCAGUUGAGUACCGCUCCCCCUGGGACUGGUCCUCCGCCAUCUCUCAUCGACACUCCAGAGGUGACAUCAACAACUGAAGUUUCUCAAGCGAACGGUACGGCUGCCAGUGUGACCGCUGCACCGGUUGUAAAUACUCCUGCCGUAAACACAAAUAUGAUGCAGCCACCGCCAAACAUGGUUCCAAUGCAGCACCGAAUGCCAAAUCAAUUUGGUGGACCAAUGUCCGCGCCGUUCGGUGCAGCUCCCUUUGGAAUGCCACCUCCGGGAUUUCAACCCUUUGGCGGCUAUGGACCACCACAAGGAGGCUGGGGCAUGCCUCAAAUGCCGCAUAGCGUUAUGCAACCACAAGUUCCUGCCGAGGACCCUGCAAUUAUAGCACAAAUCGAUGCUGAAUUGGUAGCCGCAGCUAUGCUCUGGACGGAGCAUCGAGCACCAGAUGGUCGACUUUAUUAUUAUAAUAGCAAAGCUGGAGAAUCCGUGUGGGAGAAGCCGCAAGCAUUGAAAGACUUUGAAAAUGCCAAAACGGCAGCAAGGCAAAAAAAUGAGGAGAUACCAGGUUCAUCAGCAGUGACAAAUAACUCCUCAUCUGUGACAACAUCUGCCUCUAGUAUCAGUGCAACAGACUCAACGGGUCAAGAAAUGUCUGCCGAUAAUACUCAAGAAUCCAAAGAACACACAAAAGACACAGAAGGCGGAAAAAUGAAAAAGGAAGAAACUCCCAAAGAAACAAAACCUCUAGAUAAAUCGAGACCAAUUUCUAGUACACCCGUUCCUGGUACACCUUGGUGCGUGGUUUGGACGGGCGACGGCCGUGUCUUCUUCUACAAUCCUUCGUCGAGAAUUUCAGUUUGGGAAAGACCGGAGGACCUCAUAGGACGUGCAGAUGUCGAGAAGAUGGUUUCCAAUCCACCGGAAGCGCUGGCAACUAUCAAGAAAGCAAGGCAAUCUGAUUCGAGUGAAAGCAGCGACGAGGACCAGCCACCUCCUAUUAAGAAAGCGAAACAGGAGGAACCCAAAGCUGCCGCCGCUGCUGCUGCCACUACCACAACUGUUGUUAAAGAAGAAGAAGAAAAGGAGAAGAAGACUAUUGACAUUGGAAAGGAGGCUGCUAUCGAGGCGGAAGUUAGGGCAGCGAGAGAAAGAGCUAUCGUCCCUCUGGAAACCAGAAUAAAAUCCUUUAAGGACAUGUUGGCCGAGAAAGAUGUAUCUGCGUUUAGCACAUGGGAAAAGGAGUUGCACAAAAUCGUUUUCGAUCCUCGGUAUCUACUGCUCACCUCCAAGGAAAGGAAGCAAGUGUUCGAGAAGUACGUGAAGGAGAGGGCUGAGGAAGAGCGACGAGAGAAGAGGAAUAAAAUGAAGGAACGGAAGGACCAAUUCCAAAAGCUUCUCGAGGAGGCAGGACUUCAUGGAAAAUCAUCGUUUAGUGAUUUCGCUCAAAAGCACGGGCGCGAUGACAGAUUUAAAAACGUCGAAAAAAUGCGGGAACGGGAAAGUCUUUUCAACGAAUACAUUCUCGAAGUGCGAAAACGAGAAAAGGAGGAGAAAACAGCAAAACGAGAGCAGGUUAAAAAGGAUUUCAUAUCAUUGCUGAAAGAGCACAAAGACAUUGACAGACAUUCGCAUUGGAGUGACUGUAAGAAAAAAUUAGAGUCCGAUUGGCGAUACAGGUGCGUAGAUUCAGCGAGCGCUCGGGAAGAUUGGUUUCGUGAUUUUAUUCGUAAUUUGAAGGAAGAACGUAAAAAGGAGAAAGACAAGGACAAAGAUCAUCGUCAUCGGGAGAAGGAUCAUCAUAAAUCGGAUAAACGAGAUCGCGAGAAGAAGGACGAGAAGUAUAAGGAAAAAUCGUCAAAGGACCGAAGUGAUAAAGACGCGCCCAAGGAAAAGAGACAGAAAAAGGAUGUGAAUAAUGAGGAAAAUGGAAAGGAAAAAAUUGAGGUCUCAAUGGAGAAGGAAGUCGGCGAAAUUGACGAUGUCGAGGAGAAAAUUUCACGAAAGGACAUUGAGAAAGAGGAAAUGGAGGGAUUCUCCGAUUCGGAAGAAGAUCGUGAGAAACAGAAAAGGGAGAAGGAGAGAAGAGCCGAGGCAAGUCUUCGAGAAAGAGAACGAGAAGUGCAACGAACUUUGGCAACUCAUCUCAGAGAUCGUGAUAAGGAAAGACAACAUCAUCGACACGCCGAAGCCGUUCAGCAUUUUAGCGCCUUGCUCGCCGAUUUGGUUCGAAAUGGAGACCUCGCGUGGAGGGAGGCGAAACGUCAAUUGAGAAAGGAUCAUCGUUGGGAGCUUGCCGAAAGUUUAGAUCGCGAAGAAAAGGAGAGAUUAUUCAUCGAACACAUUGAGCAGCUUGGACGCAAGAAACGAGAUAAAUUCAGAGAAGUACUUGACGAAAUAUGGUCGUCCUCAGAGUUUCCUGUUUCCUCUGAACUCACAGCCUCUUGGAAGGAGAUAAAAAAACUCUUAAAGGAUGAUCCGCGAUACAUAAAAUUUUCCUCGAGCGAUAGGAAAUGCGAAAAGGAAUUCAAAGAAUACAUUAAGGAUAAACUCGUAGCUGCCAAAGCCGAUUUUCGAGAACUUUUGCAGGAGACAAAAUUAAUUACCGACAAGACGCACAAAAAGGUCCAGGAAAAUCGAGCCUACUUAUUGGAAAUUGAGGAGAUCCUGCGAAAGGAUAAAAGAUUUCUUGUUUUGGAAGCGACAGCAUCGGAACGUACCCGACUUUUAAUGGGUUAUCUCGAGGAAUUGGAACGUCGAGGACCACCACCGCCACCCACAGCAUCCGAACCCUCUAGAAGGCCUACUGCAAAUUAAACCAGUCUUUUAGAUAAGGAUCCCUAGUUUUUUUCGUGGGAGAAAUAUAAAAAUGAAGUAAAUAAAUUUACUUUAACAUAAUCUAGUUAAGAUUAAAACAAAAAUUUUCAGUAAAACCACUAUUUCUACGUGACUGUCACAUGUAAUUCUAGGAUUUAAUAAAAGAAAAAAGAAACAAGACCCAAGUUCUUCAAAAACAAACAAACACACUACUUCGUGAACGACUGACCAAUCUCGCACCAUCGACCAUUCUUCAAGAAAAAAAGUAUUUUCUAAAGGUAAUCGCAACGAUUUCAGCACGUGUUUACGAAUUUAUAAUUAAAUUUCUUUAAUUUUUUUUCCUACUCAUCAAUAAUUUGAGUAAUAACUUUAUUGAAGCUCUUUGGGAAUUGAAUUAAAUAUCCAAUUAUUAUUAAUUGAAUAAAUUAUUAUAUUUAUUUAUAGACUUUCUCGCAUGUUUUGAAUUUUCAUAAUUGUUUUCUUUUAAAGAAAGAGUGAAAAACAAAUGAAAAAAUUUGUUAUUUUAUUAAUUUGAUGAAUUUUUAUUUGUAACGUGAGCUUCAAAUGCGAGUUAUUAAAUAAUUUAUUGUUUUGAGAAAUGUGUUAUGGUUCUUUUAUUAUAAAAUGAGAGGAAAAAAGUGGCAUAAACCAAAGAACUGGGAUACAUUUAAACAAAAUUCCAAAGUGCAGUGUUUAAAAAAAAUUCACUUAUUUCUGAUUCAAUGAGACUAUAAUAAAAGACUUUAUAUUUACGAUCUGAACUAUUAACCGCAUUGAAUCAAAUUUAAACGAGUGUAUAUGUAAGUUAGUGCAAAAAACAAAACGAAACAUUUGUAUGUGGAAUUCUUUAGUUACAGAAAAGUUAUAAGUACAUAAAUACUUUGUUGAAACAUU